UCAAAGUGAAGCUCAGAGCGCCCAGCGCGGGGUGUAAGUCACAGCGCGGGAAGGAAGAAGCUGUGUAAGGGCGCUGGCUGCAAACGAGGACUGCGUGGCCUGUUCGGCACAGAAGGCUGCAGAACGAACCAACCUCGAAAGCAACACGUAGAAGGCACGUAGACUAAGGCGGAUCGAAGCAAAGAAGCGCCCCUAGGAUGUGUAUCGCUGUCGUCUGAAACGCUUUUGCCACAACUAGUUAGUUUUAGCUGGAAGAGAGAGAACCACUAUGUAAUUGUAAUAAGUGACAGGUGGAGUUGAAAAAGAAAUACGACGGACUUUACGUGAACAUUGGUCGGUGUUGAACCGUCUACAAGCGAGCAUCUAGCUAGCCUUUAUGAAUGCGCGAAGGGUUAUUGAAAUCGGUGCAUUAUAGCUAGUAGCUUAGGACGGCAUAACAAUAGACGUAACGUAGUGUAAAACCAGAAGAAUUAUGUGCGUGUGUGUGGGAGUGUGUACAGGAAACUUGUAAAACAAGAUAUAUGAUGGAGUUCCUGAGCGCAAAAAGGAGGCCCUGAAUAAGCAGAUGGAGACACGUCCGAUUCAUCUGGCUUUGUUACCGAAGACCUAACGUGGCUGGCAAUAAUUUGCCGAUGUUGGCUGUAGGCGAAAUUCCGUUAAUUCAUGAAAGGCGAAGGACGAAGGCGUCCGGUGGACGCGGACAUGACGAACCUUCAGUGGUCUCGAGGGGCUGACGGAGACGACGAUGAAGAACACGAAGACGAGGAGGAAGAUGUGGCCACGGCUCAAACAAGACAACAUGAGCAUGCAGGUACGACCCCUUUUGGUAGUGGCCAUGCAAUAGCGGACGACAACAAUCCGCAUGGAAUCCUGAACCUACAAAACCCAGCUGAUGGAGCCAACCGGCUGGAAGCGUGCUCCGGCUGUGAGCGCCCCAUUGUUGACCGGUACAUCAUGAAGGUUCGAGAGAGCUCGUGGCACGAAUCGUGCCUCGUGUGCUCAGUUUGUCACCAGCAUUUGGACACCUCGUGCUACUCUCGAGAUCGACGUAUUUUUUGCAAGAGCGAUUACGAUCGAUUAUUUGGAGCAAAGUGUGCAGCAUGUACAGGUUCGAUUGCUCCAGCUGAACUCGUAAUGAAGGCGUUGGAGCAAGUGUACCACCUUUCGUGUUUUUUAUGUUGUACAUGCGGGCGUCAACUGCAACGAGGAGAUGAGUAUGUCUUGCGCAGUGGGAGGCUUUAUUGUCGACAGGACUUUGAGAAAGAAAUACAUCUCCUACAACAGCUACGUGGCAACGUUGAGGCCGCUGUAGUUCCCGUCAAUGGAGUUUCGGUAACUGGACAGACGUUGCUACCAGGCACGCUAACUGGACCUGGCACAGUACCGACUGGUGUGACGGUCGCGGGGGGCGGCGUGGGAGCCGUAGGGGCUCCCGGGGCGCAGAGGCCUGACGGACGAAGGGGGCCCAAGCGUCCUCGAACGAUGCUAACGACGGCACAGAGGAGAGCCUUCAAGGCAUCGUUCGAGAUCAGUCAAAAGCCCUGCAGGAAGGUCCGCGAGGCAUUGGCGAAGGAGACAGGUCUGAGCGUACGUAUCGUUCAGGUGUGGUUUCAAAACCAGCGGGCCAAGCUCAAAAAGAUCCAGCGUAAACAACAACAACAGCAGCGGAACGGCGGCUCCGGCACGGUAGCGCGGACGGCACAGAGUAACUGCGGUGACUCUUCCGAGUCCGAGAUAGCCUCGUCCACGAGAGACUCCUGUAGGCGCUCAGAGGACGGAAGGCAGUCUGCCUCACCAGAUCUCGUCGGCUCGUCACCGUACCGCCUCGCGCUGCAUGAACUCGACAGUGCGGGAGGGUCCCCCUCGUACAACAUAGUCCCUAGCACUGUCGGCGGCUUACCCUACGAUAGUCCACAUAGUAUGCCAUUCUAUGCACAAUCAGAACAGGCGUUUAUGAAGACGGAAAUUGGAGCAGACUCCGAGUCCAGUCUUGGCGGGCUCGAGGACGUCCUCAUCGGAUCCGCUCAGAGGACCACCCGACAGGGAUGUCCAACAGGCGGCGAUGACGAGGCCGCCGCUCUGUUAGCACGCUCAUUCACCGGGAGUCUGCACGGCAAUGCUCUCAAUACCAUCAACCCGUUGAACCCAAUCGAUCGGCUGUACUCGAUGCAGAGUUCCUACUUUAACUCGGCAGCCUCUCCUGGCGAGGAUCAACUGCGAGUGCAGAAUGCCUAAAUCGUUCAGCUACCUAAUGGCUGUAGCUAUCUUCACUUCAUGUUGCUAUGGUUUCUUACGUGGGCUGUACUAUGACAUCAUAUCGUUGACAAAUCGACGGACUGUCACCCUCAAAGCGCUACUCGUUUUCCCUUAGAACGUAAUUCUGGCAUGGUCCAGAAAUAAGAACAACAGGCUUUUCCGAUUAGCUAUUACUAUGUGUACCGUACAUGGCUUGUUGUAGUCUCGUGGAAAAAUGCUACGACUACACGUCAUUGCAUACUUUGAUUUAGACCUCAGUCACCGUUUGUCUGGCUGGCCGGCUACUAUCGACUUGUUGGCUUUCCAUGGCCGGCGUGCGAAUCUCGUUUAUGUAAAUAUUGAAAUAAAUGAACGAUCCUACCGUCAACUUCGCUAUUUCUGUCGAAAGACCGUCCCUGUCGUGUCGUCUGAAAGGCUGGCGCCGACGACAGAUGAAGAGAUAGAGGAAAGCAGUGGCAUUUGAUCCCACCUGUAAGCGACGUUUUCACCAAAAACAUCGAGGAGACGCCUAUCAAGUGUAAAGAAACCGGAAAAGCUACAGCCUGCGUGUGUGUAGACAUCCGUACACUCACAUACAUAGGGUCGCAUACAGCCAGCUAUCAUGCCAUUUUGCGUAUUUUUAUUAUGCCACAGCUCCGAGCUUUCAUGGGUUGACAGAGCCUUCAGUUGCAGUGAGGAGGCGUUGGCCCAUUUUUAAAGCCUGCAACGGCAGCAAUGUUGUUUUCUACAUUCAGCAGCGUUGCUCCAUUAAUUAUAGUUCCAUUAAUCUUAAAGCUCCUGUUGUCGUCGGUGGACGACCAUAGGCGCCGGGACGCAGUCGUUGAACUUUUAUAUCAUGAUUUAGCUUUUUUUAUUCGCAAUGCCACGGCCUCCCAGCUUUUAUUCAAACAAUCUCUCAUUCUUCGGAUAGCCCAAUUUAUAAGCACUUAACGCGUGAGGCAAAGCACGCCGAAGAGUUCAGGGAGAGGGAAACGACGUUUGGGAUAAGCGAGCGUGCGGUUGUGGCUGACGCCGCUAAACGUUUAAAACGAAUCUUUCGGGACCUAGAGAUUAUGCUGCGUAGAGUUGUGCCGUUUUUGAGAGCAAGAGUAAGCACGUAAGGCAUCGAAACGCAUAUUCGAGUGUAAUAGCAUCACAGAAUGGCAACGUAACGGCCAAAUGGAUUAAGCGAUCGGUCUCUGGAAUGGCUUGCGCCCACUUGCCGUUACGAUCAAUGAACGUGACCCGUACAUUUGUAAAUAUAAACUGUACAAAAAAAAAAAAACAUUAUGAUGCUAAUAAUACUAUAACAAUAUAAACGAAUUAGAAUACGAAUGCACAAUAAUAUGCUGAUACUGACUAUAUUAAUAUAAAUCUAAACAGCAUUAGUAAUCAUCUCAGAUAUGGCGAAAACCAAGCUCAUCAGUUACAACAACACAAUAUUAAAAAACUAAAGUGAAGAUCGACACCAAUCUAAAGAUAACACUUACGAUGACGAUGAUCGUGAUAAGAAGAAUAGUAAUAAUAAUAAAAGUUAAAAAAAAAAACCUAACUAACUACAUGUAACUAAAAGUAAAAUGAAUGAUUCUGGCAUUCGUAGUCUCAGUCUGGGUGCCGGUGCCAGCUAACGGUCAAUACGCAGGGGUGCAACGGCAAGGGCUGUUAACGCGAGAUAAAAUUGCGAUACUUGUCCAGUAGAGAAUUACGGGAAAUGGUCAAGUCAAUAAGCAGGAUAAGCCGUGAACAGAAAGACAGUAAAGACCCUUGACAUUUGACGAGAUAUACGAAAAGAAGGUAAUGAAGCCUGCCGACCUAUAAUGUUCAUUGUAAGUCCCUUCCCCAUAAUCCUUUCGAAAGUAGGUUUUCAAAUAGGAAGUGUUGUCAGUGAGGUGAAAAUACUGAAGCGAAACAAAAUCUGUUUUAGUUCGUGUUUGUUAUUUUGAGAUUUUUCGUGUUUACGUACGUAUUUCUGUGUUCGUAUCCAUUCGUUUUCCCUGAGGCUUGCGUAUCCCAUCUAUGUUUCUCUCGCGAAGUAAUCGUUUAUCAGUUAUUCUUACGCUUGAUGACAUCAGCUUUUGACGAACAAGGACUGUGCAAAUUGCGCUGGUACAGAAUGCCUGAACUGGAUCAUGAGUAAGACAGAGAUCUCCAACACAUAUCAAUAGCGUCUUUCAGAAGGUGG